GGAAUCGCACGGAGAAAUCCGAAGGGAGUCCGGAAGCCGUGUCGCCGACUCGCCGUAGUGCUCGGGAUGUGUUGUUGUAGACAUGGUGGUGGUCGGAAACGUUGAAACUGGAAUAAGCAGAUAUAAAACCAGAAUAUUUGCAGAGAUAUAUGCUAACAGAAAACACAACUAAUUAACAUAAUAAGAGGGAGCAAGUCCACACACUCCACUACGUCUUGAAUGCUUUACCAAGAACCACUCUGCAAGUCAUGCCACUGUGAUGAAACAAUUUAGGGCAGGAUGCAGUCCUCAGGCCACCGACUGCGCGACAUUGAGCAGCACCACCCACUGCUGUCUGCCGGCGGGGACGUGGAGGCGGGGACCCUGGACGCCGGUGUGAUGGUCGGGGGCCCCCACCACAACAACCACGCGGGCCCCAACCCUCACCACACGUUGUGGUUCAUCCAGGACGGCUGUGGCAUGGUGUGCGCGGGCAUCACCUGGUUCCUGGUGUUGUACGCCGCCUUCGUGGUCAACUUUGUCAUGCUGCUGCCCGCCAAGAACUCCUGGUACCCACUGCUCAACGGGGCCGUGUUCAACACACUGGCCGUGCUGGCGCUCGCCUCGCACAUGCGCACCAUGCUCACCGACCCGGGUGCGGUCCCCAAGGGAAAUGCCACUAAGGAGUACAUGGACAGUCUGCAGCUGAAGCCAGGCGAGGUCAUCUAUAAAUGCCCCAAGUGCUGCAGCAUCAAGCCUGAGAGGGCACACCACUGCAGUAUUUGUAAAAGAUGUAUCCGGAAGAUGGACCACCACUGUCCAUGGGUCAAUAACUGUGUGGGAGAGAAGAAUCAGAGAUUCUUUGUGCUUUUCACGAUGUACAUAGCCUUGAUAUCCGCCCACGCCCUUGGCCUCAGUGGCAUGCACUUCUUCACCUGCGUUAAAGUCCAGUGGAACGAGUGCAGUGACUUCUCCCCGGGCGUGUCGGUGCUGCUGCUCAUCUUCCUCUGUCUGGAAGCUGUCCUCUUCCUCACCUUCACCGCCGUCAUGUUCGGCACCCAGCUCCACUCCAUCUGCAACGACGAGACGGAAAUCGAGCGCCUUAAGAACGAGAAGCCGACGUGGGAGCGGCGCGUGCGCUGGGACGGGAUGCGCUCCGUGUUCGGCGGCCCGCCCUCCCUGCUGUGGUGCAACCCCUUCAACGGCCUGCGCUUCCACCGCCUGCUGCUGCUCAGCCGGGGCCGCCGCAGCGGGGCCGAGUUCGCCGUCUGAGACCCCAAGAGGGGCCCCGGGUCACGCCCCGCCCCUGACUGUGUGUCGGGGGGGGUUGGUCUGAGUGCGUGGGUCUGUGUGUGAGGGCGUGUUGAGUGUGUCUUCCGUGCUGGGAGGGCUGAUGACGGGGCCCCCGGGUCUUGAGGCCCCUACCACUGGUAGUGUGGCGUGUUUGUCAUGUACACGGUGUGUAUGUGUAGGAGAGGCAGAAGGAGAGUACGACUUUUUUUUUUUUUUUAACGGCAACGAGCGGUUCGCUUGCUACGCUUCAGUGUCAUCGGUAGAAAGUGG